AUGUCUUAAGAUGAAAACCAAGUGCAGUCAAUUUGUUUCUCUCCCCCACAACAAGUUCUCUUCCUAUCUCUCCAAUUAUUUUAUCUUUGCAAAGACAUCAACUCCCAAAAAAAUAAAACACAAAUCCAAAACAAAACCAUUCCGGUUUCUUGUUUUAGCUUAGCUUUAAGGUGUCACAAACAUAUCUUCUAUUUCUACAACAACAACAACUUCAUCUCUCUCUCUCUCUCAUGAGAUGUGUCUUCCUUUUCCAAAGGGUGUUUCUGUACUAUUUCUCUUGUCAUGGUUUAAUAUAACUUACUUCAUUUCUCAUUCUUAAACCUUGUCUAGUUCUUGUUCUGUUUUGUUCUGUUUUGCUCUGUUUUUUGUUCUGUUUUCUAAAUGGAUCUUGGUGGUGUGAGUUUAGAUGGGUUAGUUAAUUCAGAUCCUGAACAAAAGAACAAAUGGUAUAAUGGAUCUGGUUUACUUAAACAAGAGAGAUCUGGAACAUGUACUGAAGAUGAGUUAAGAAGUUUCAAACUUGCAAAAACAACUGAUCAACAACAACAGAGAAACUCUGUUUCACUUUUGAGAUCUAAUGCUACAACUAUGUUUUCUGAUGGUCAACACCAACAACAAAUGCUUAGUUUUUCAACUCCAAAUCCAAAAUCAGAUUCUUUUUUAGUUGAUAAAACAGCCCAAAAUGCUACAUUGUCUUAUGCUUAUCUUCCAAUGUCUGGUUAUAACAGAAACACAGGUUACAGUUCUGGAAGCAUGCAUGGAGGUUUAAGUGGUGUUAGAGGACCAUUUACACCUUCACAGUGGAUGGAAUUGGAACAUCAAGCCUUGAUCUAUAAGUAUAUCACUGCUAAUGUUGCUGUACCUCAUCAUUUGCUUAUUCCUAUAAAAAAAGCUCUUGAUUCUGCUGGCUUAUCUAGCUACUCAGCUGCACUCCUCAGACCUAAUGCAUUGGGAUGGGGAGGAUUUCAUCUGGGAUACUCGAACAACACCGAUCCGGAACCAGGAAGGUGUAGGAGAACAGAUGGAAAGAAAUGGCGAUGCUCAAGAGAUGCCGUUGUUGAUCAAAAGUAUUGCGAAAGGCAUAUGAACAGAGGACGCCAUCGUUCAAGAAAGCCUGUGGAAGGCCAAUCUGGCCAGGCUCUCACCACUGGUGGAACCACAAAUAGUACAGCUACUACUAAUGCUACUUCUACCAUUACUCAAAGUGGUUCAUCGAAGCAGAUCAAUGUUGCUGCUGUUACUGCUGCUGUUGCUGCUUCUCCUUCUUCAUCUAUUGUUAUUCCUGGUGGCAACACUGCUUCCAACACUCUUAGCUUUGCACACCAGGAACAUUCCAAGAAUAUGAAUAACCUUAUUGGACAAGAUAAUGCUUCUUCUGCUGCCAACACCAUCAACAGGAUGUUCAUGAAUAACAAAGAGAAUAACAGCACAAGUGAGAGGAUGCAGGAUGGUCCUGCGCUUCCAAUGCUGCCUCCAACACUAGAGUUGAAACCAAAAGAAAAUCACCCUUUUAUGAUUCAAAAACAGAACAUUCCUUAUGAUGAAUCCUCAAGGAACAACGAAUUCGGCUUUGUCACUUCCGAUUCCUUGCUUAACCCUUCACAGAAACCCCCCACCUUGCUUGGAACCCGAGCCUUUGGUUCAUCAUUGCAGAACACUACAAACCGAGACACCGGCUCUCAAAAUUCCCUCAGGCAUUUCAUUGAUGACUUUCCCAAAACACAUUCCGAUCAUCAUAACCGCUCGGGUGGUUUUUCUUGGCCAGAACUCGAUAUGCAGUCAGAUAGGAUACAACUAUCAAUUUCAACACCAAUGACUUCCUCCGACUUCAUGUCGUUCAAUUCCUCAGGAACCAAUGAAAAGCUCACACUUUCGCCUCUUAGGCUAUCAAGGGAAAUAGAUCCUAUUCAAAUGGGGUUAGGUGUUGGAACUGGAAGUAGUACUCUCAAUAACACCAACGAAUCAUCGAACCCUAGUACUAAUGCUGCUACUAGACAAACUAAUUGGAUUCCAAUAACUUGGGAAAGUUCAAUGGGCGGUCCACUCGGUGAAGUACUUCAUCUUAGUAGUAGUAUUGCCUACAAUGCAAGUGAUGAUCACUAUGUUGGCGGCGGUGGCAGCAACAGCAACUCGGCGGCUCUAAACUUGAUGACUGAUGGUUGGGACAAUCACAAUAGUCCUCCAAUGGGAUCAUCGCCAACCGGGGUGCUUCAAAAGACCGCGUUCGGAUCACUUUCCAAUAGUAGCGCCGGUAGUAGUCCAAGGGCCGAGAACAAUAAGACAACUCAAGAAGGAGCUAGUUUGUGCAAUGAUCUUCUAGGAUCAACACUUGGUAAUAAUGCUUCCUUUACUCCUUAAAGGAACAAGAUGAUGAAGAAGAAAUGAAGCAUAAAAAGAACUUUAAUUUAUGAGUUUUUUUUAUAUAUGAUAUUUUAUAUAUAUGGUUAUUUAUUUAUGUUGGAAUUUGGAAGUUUUUUUUUUAAUUGUGGUUAUUAAAGUUGUUAAUUAGUAAUUACUAUACCUUACCAAUGCCAACAUGAUUUGGAUAUGUUAGUAAUUGGUUUGGUUGACUUUUGUUUAUUAUGUUUCAUGUGAUGUUGUUGGAAGUGAUAUUUGGCAAAGUUUGUUGUUAUUGUUGUAUGAAAAAAAACAGUAAGUGAUGUUGGUUGGAGUGUGGACUUAGAUUUUAUUUUGUUUUGAUUUUUUGAGAUGGUUUAAGUGGGGACUGAGUCUUUGAUUGUUUGCAUGA